AAUGGAUACAGCUCCACUAUAACUGAGUGAACAAAAGUACGAGAAUACAGUUGAAGUAGAAAGCACUUGUUUGUUGGAUGAAAAUUCAUAUCAAAAAUUAUUAUAUCGUCGGUUUUGGUGUGUGCAUGGCCAACAGAUUUUUUUUUUGAAUGGUAAUAAAGAACGUGCAUGGGUGGAAGGCAUAUCGUAUAAAUACAUAAUAUUGAACGAAAUAUAGUAAUUAGCUCACAAAGAGCUUUUGAUGUGAAUCGUCAGGCACUGGUGUUGUUUACAAACGUUGUGUUACAUUCAAAAUUUACAUCAAAGAGAAACGGGAAAUGUUUGUUUUGCAUAUCAAUUAAGUGAAAGUGGACAAAAUUUUCGUUUUUGUUUUUUUCCAAAAUAAAAAUUUAAAUUUAUUUUUCUCGUGCAACAUAUGGUUAGACUGGAAGAACAAUUUGAAUAAAACGGAACAGUUAGAUGAUAACGCCUAGCGUCUCGAUGAAUCGUUGAGUUUUACAAGUGGUGAAUUAGUGAUAGAUAAACAGUUCUUUCGUUGUGCAAUAUAUUAAUAAAAUGUAAACGAAACCUUUAAACGGAUUAAAAUUGGAUAUGGAAAAGACGACUAAAAUUUCAUCAAUAUGGUGAAAGUUACCAGUUUUUUUCGGAGACGUCUUCCAGCCGAAUUCACCGGAUAUCAUCUCAUCAAAAGUGAAUGCUAUGAAAUUUGAAACGACUCAAAUAAUUGAUUGAACGAGCAAAAAAAUGUGCAUCACACAAACAAGUUUAAUGAAAAAUGUGCGCGAAAUUUUUAAUUACAAUGUUUAAUGGGAAAGUUAAUUUUCCUUUUUGAGAUUGCAUCGUUUCAAACUCUUUCCAGGAAAAUCGACGUUUGAACGUUCUUAUGUGUAGAAUGUGAAAUAAAGGAGAGAAAGAAAGAAAAAACAUUGAAAUCAGAAACGGUUCGACAGAAAAACGAAUCAAAGGGAUAAUAAAACUUUUGAUGUCGAUGUGAUCGAAGAGUGAACUAACGUUUCGAUAACAGUGAGAUCUAUAGAACAAACGAAUAGACGAUGAAGACUUACAUGGAAUGGAUAUUAUUUUCAUAUAUUAUGUUACUGCAUAUGAGAUUGUUUACGUUUACAAUUAUAAAGCCACGUGAAGGCGAUCCAUUCGAUUCGUUUCCCAAAAAUUUCUGGCAAGAGUUUUCAUCGCCUUUCACAGACACACCGGAAAAUGAAGAUAAUGAUGACAUUGAGGAGACCACAACACAUGAACCAUUCCCGUUUUUCGAUGAAAGUGGUAGUAGUGUAAAUGUGACCACACAUCUGGGAAAUACCGUAUACUUGCACUGUCGAGUAAAUGAUUUGAAUGGAAAAACCGUGUCAUGGGUGCGCCGGAGAGGCGAUGAACUGAAUCUUAUAACGUUUGACAAGCACACGUACAGCAGCGAUUCCAGGUAUUCACUGGAAUUCGAAGCACCCAACGACUGGCGAUUAUUGAUACAAUACGCAAACGAACGUGAUGAGGGACAUUACGAAUGUCAAGUGUCCGCUCAUCCUCGACCGCUGGUGUUAUUGGUAUAUUUAACGGUUGUUGUACCAUACAUAGCUAUCGAUGACGACCGAGGCGUAUCAACCCCAGAGAAAUUUUAUCGUGUAGGCAGUACCAUCGAACUGAAAUGUAUUAUCGAUAAGAUUCCUCAUCGUGCCAAUUUUGUGAUUUGGAAGCAUGGCAUGCGGAUGCUGAAUUACGAUACAAGUCGUGGUGGUAUAAGCGUGAAAACUGAUUUGCAUACUGGCGGAGCCCUAAGCAGAUUAUACAUUGCAAAUGCAAACCGCCACGAUUCAGGAAAUUAUACUUGCGCGCUGGGUGACUUUGCUAAAACAACUGUGGCUGUACACGUACUAAAUGGAGAAAAUCCAGCAGCUAUGCAACAUGCAAACAGCGCAAGAUGGACACCAAUUACACUGGUGGUAUUUCUGUUGACCUUAAUCGUUUUUGGCCACAAUAAUUUGCGGUGACUAUAAUUCUGUGAGCAUGGUUUCUCUUUCGUUUAGUUUUUUUUUAUUUUAAUUUAGAAUUUAUAUUUGUUUGAAACAAAUUGAAUACACGAGAGAAUAUAUUUAUGAAAUAUAACUAUUGUGUGUAUGGCAAAAAAAAGAAGAAAAACUGUUGUUAAUAGGUUUAUA